GUGUCGAUUGGCUGGAAAAGCAAUAAUCAAGGAAAUUUAAGGAAAACAUAAAAAAGUGCGUGGAAAAACCUCGAACCGAAACCCCCAAAAACAACCAACUGACGAUGAUUAGCGCGGCAGUUAAAUUUAUUAUUUAUUGAAAAAACAAUAUAAAUAAAUCAAACCCCCCGAAAGCGCUUUCAACUCAAUCGCGAAAGGAAAAACAAAAUCUCGACGCCGGAAACAUGAUUGACUGCGACGCGUCGUCGACGUCUCCAGCAGCUGGAUUUUCGCGAUUUUUGAAAUAUUGAAAAAAAAAAAAAAAAAACGACAGACAAAAAAAGCUAAUAAAAAGAAAAACACACAAAAACGUUUGAUUCGUUUGACGGGAAAUCAAUCGAGACGCAAGGGUUUGGGUGUGUGUUACAAAAAAGAGGAUAAAGAUUAACGUUAGUCAGUGACUAACAGACGAUCGUGGAAGACUGACAACAUCAGUUCGAAAUAAUUGGAGGUGUGAGCUUCUGUGGUGUGAAAAGUGAUUUUGUAGUGUUUGUUGGGUUUUUCUUUUGCUGUAACGGGACGGCUGGAACAGCGAAAGGUAGAAACAGUGAGUUGCAUUAUUUUGCAGGAUCAGAUUGAAUUAUAAGAAUGAAUCUGACGAUGCGACUGCUAGCGCUGGCGUCCUGCCUGCUGCUCUACCCGACCUCCUCCGGCCACCGGAUACAGCUGUCCGACUCGAUUCUGGACAUCAUCAACACGCGGCACGUGGAACGAGUGCUCGCGGAACGGCGCAUGAACGCCUCAUCGCGCGACGAGAAACGCUACCUGGUUCAGAACGAGCUGGCCGAGGACGAGGACGGUGGUGGUGGUGGCGGAGGAGGGGCGACCGAGGACAGCAGCAUCGGGUCCGAUCUGUACCAAACGCCCGAGGUGGCGAUUGACUUUGACUUUAACGGGAGACGUCACGGCGCAGGAGGAGGGGCGUUCAACGAGACUGGGGGUUAUCAGUAUCAGGCGGCUACGUCGUCCUCGUCGAAUGCGGACAUUCUGGCCGAUCUGCAGGCAUACCGCGGCGAUAAGCUGCUCAAGUCGAGCAAGAACGCGCUGGUGGUAACGCGCAAAGAGUACCUCAAGAAGGACUGGUGCAAGACGGAACCGCUGGUGCAGCGAAUCCGGGAAGAGGGCUGCCUCAGCCGGACCAUCAUCAACCGCUUCUGCUACGGCCAGUGCAACUCGUUCUACAUUCCAAAGUCGCCCAAGCGGCCACGGCGGCAUGGUGGCCAGAACAAUAACGGUGGUCGAGGUGGUCACCACCAUCGGAACGGUGGCACUCCGGCUCCACCCCGGGAGGUCGACCUGGACUUUGAGGACGAGGACCUGACCGGGCCGGCCUUCCGCUCGUGCGCCUUCUGCAAGCCGAAAAAGUUCACCUGGAUCACGGUCACGUUGCGGUGUCCCUCGCUCGUGCCCCAGCUGCGCCGGAAGCGCAUCCAACGCAUCAAGCAGUGCAAAUGCAUCGCCGAGCCGUUGAACUAAGUCGCGUUUUUUAUUUUUUUGUUUUGUCGUUCUGUUAUUAGGCGUAGAGUGCGUCAGUGUGUGUGUGUGCGUCACAGUGUGAAUGAUUGUGAUUCUGAGAGGGGGCGUCAGGGCGCAUUUACGCCAAUCUCCGACGCGUCCAAAAACCAAGAAGUGUAAGAAAGUGUAGGUUUUAUUCUCUCUGUUUGUUUCUGUAAGGUUAUUAUUUAAGGUCUGUUUUGUUUUAAGUUUUGGAGAGACGCCGUUAAGUUCGUCGACUACGGCGCCGCCGACGCCGCCGCAAAGUAUUGUGACUGUUGCGUUAAUUCCUGUAUGCGAACACUUUUUAUUACCUUUUAAUUGUUAGGUUCAUCGUAACAAUGAUUUAAGGCGGUCGUUAGAGACUCAACGCAAGCAUCUAAAGUAUUCGAAUGCAAAAUCGAUUCCGGUAACUGUAGGAAAAAUACGAUAAUACCAGAAACAUCGUCAAACCGUCUCCUCAAACUCUAAAAAAUUUCGACAAUCCCGAACGCUGAUUCAUAGUUUGUAGCUGUGGCUACCGAACUCCGUGGUCACAUCCCCCCGCAAUCAACAACAGAUUUAUCGGAUUAGUGCCACAAUCCUCACACAUUUGGCCAUAAUCGAUCGAUCAAAUUUCACUGCUGCCGCCGGCGGAUUAUCCCGCCAAAUUGGAGCCCCCUCUGGCUCUCUCUCACUCGAUCGUUUGUGGCAUUGUUAUUCUAAUGCAAUGCAAACAGGUGCUGAUUUUGGGGGAGGUGACGACGACGAGGACGACUUGUGAUGAGUGAAUGAGUCACCUGAGAGAGUGGUGUUCCAAAUCGUUUCUAACCACUUUUGAAGAGGACGCAAGCCCCCAGAGGAUGAGGCAAUGCUGCUAUGGGAAUAAAUUUGCGUAAUAAAUAGUGGGAACAUCAGCGGCUAUGGAGAAGUACGUGUUCUUCCGUGUGAGAUUAGCGUGAUCGGUUGGAAAUUCGACAAAUAUUUAAUUUUUUAACAUUAAAAACCGUAGAGCUAAACGAAAAACACUUAAAAAAUUUAAAUUUUCUGAUUAUUUUUUAUCUAAUUUUUUUGGAAACUAGAAGAACGGCAUGUAAUUCCAACGGGCACUUAAUGUUGGCAUAUCACUUUGGCUGUCGAUUACAGCUUCUUAAAAGCGUUUCAGCCCAUAUCAAGCAUUU